UCGUACCUCUUUUGUUGGUUUAUUUACAAAUGUCCGACGGCGGCUAGUUUGUCUCUAAAUGUCAGCUGACCUCUCUUGCUCAAACCGAAGGAACGAGAUCGUUUAGUCUGGAACCAAAGAACUGUCUGUAUUUCUGUUAUCAGAAUCAAAAUGGAACAAGGAUCGUUUGACGUUUUGAAUGCUGGAGAGAUCGAGCAGUUAGUGAUGUGUCUAAAGCCGAGCAAGAUCGACGAACUGGGAACCGAAAGCUGGUUGCAGAGCCAUGGAUAUAUGCUAAAGUUGACUCAACAAGCUUCCUUAGAAGCGUCUGAGCAUAGAGAAGAAGUCGUUAAAGAAUUUAUUGCAACACAUGACAAGGUCUCUGUUUUGGUUCAUGAUGCAAUAUGUAUUUCUGUGUGGCGGGAGAAUGUUCUUCCAGAAAUAUUUCGUAUUGAAGAAAACCCAAAAGAUACUAUUUUGGUCUUUAUUGUGCUAUAUCAUGAAGCUACUGCAGUAUCCCUUCUCCAAAGUGUUCUCUUUCAUAGUGACUCGUGUGAAGCUUUGGGGGAUGCUGCUGUUGAUUUACUAGACUACUGUAUGCCAUUGCUGUUCCAAGUUGCCACAGGGUUUAAAUCUCCUAAUGAUCCCUCGUGUACUUCAACUAGGGAUGCAAUAAAAGACCAAGAAGCACUCAUCUCUUUUAAUAUAGGAAUAAGCUGUAUUUCUAUUUUACAAUAUCUGAUUGAAUCUAUGGAGAGCUUACCACUUGCUGUGACAUCAAGGAUGUAUACACAUCAUGAUGUACCCCUACUUUUGGUUCAUUUGCUAGAAAAUCGACCGUGGGAAAGAGAAAAUCCUAAAACACGAGGACAGAAGCUUAAGCUCAUUGAUGGGAAGUGGGUUGAAGUAUCUGGUGAAGAUCUAAUGAAACUGACCCAAGUUGAGGGGCAAGUGUGGUUGGCCCUAAGACAGCUAUUGCUACGAGAUAGUUGUGCAAGAAACUAUGAGUUUUCUGAAUUUAGGAGAAGUCAGCUACAAAAAGUCCUGAAAUACAUGACUGACCCUCUUCUUGAUCAAUUAUCACCACUUAUUGACCUUAAGCAGUUCCUUUGUCACCUCCAAAUAUCAAGUGGUUCAUCUACAUCACGGAAACCUUUAAUACUUGAGGUCAUCCCAGAGAUAAGGAGACGUAUAUUGGAUUGGGGAGGUGGAAAGUGGCAGAAAAUCGCCUGCAGGCAAGCAAAAAUACUCUUCCUCAAAGAUAAGGAUACUUUUUUAAGAAUGGCUCAAAGUUUGAAAUCUGCUUACAAUAUUGAGACAUUUGAACAUUUGAUAAGUGAGGAGGUGAGAUGUGCUGGUUGUGGAGAUCCAGCUGUCAAACGCUGCUCACGGUGCAAAAUAGAAAGAUAUUGUGGAAGGGAAUGCCAAGUGAAGUGUUGGGAAAGUCAUAAACGAGUUUGUAACACAGUCACAGAAACAGGACAAGCUCAGCAGUAAGGGAAGGGUAAGUUGAUAAUGAUGAAUUUAUCUAAUGUAUAGCUAAUUAAUUUCCAUCACUCGCCAAAGUUGUAUUUAAGUCCUUUAAUUUGCAUGUCAUAGAAAAUCAAACAAACAAAACAGAGCAUAAAACAACAAACAUAUUGAAAAUCAUUUGUAAGGUUCUUAGAAAUGUAAAGAUGUAUCCCUCAGUCAAUUAACAUUUUACAAUUUGUAGCUGUCACUAUGCUGUCCUACUAGAGAAAGGGCAAGUUAACAUCUACAAAUUAAAACUGAAAAAUUCUAAA